AUGAGAAGAAAUAGAUUAGAGCAAAUCUAUCAUCAUCUAGUUCCGAUCAUUGCACAUAAUUUCACAUCUUCCGAAAUUCCAGAAUCGAUUGAUGAUUAUUCAAGUCGCAUUGUGAGUAAUGUUCAUGUGUUGAAAAAUGCUCCUCAUGAUGUACGAAACAAUAGACAAAUUAUUUCACAAGCUGUUAAAAGAAAUGGAUAUUCACUAUCCUAUGCUUCUGAUAGAUUGAAAAAUGAUAAAGAAAUUGUCAAGUUGGCUGUUUCUCAAUAUGGAAGUGCUCUUCAAUUUGCAUCUGACAGUUUGAGAAAUGACAGGGAUAUUGUUUUGGCAGCUGUAAAGCAAAAUUAUCAUGCGUUUGAAUAUGCUUCACCUAUUUUACGAAAUGAUAAAUAUGCUUCAAGUGAAUUGAAAAAUGAUUUGGAAUUGGUUUUAAAAGUUGUAAAAAUUAAUGGAAAUAAUCUGGAGUUUGCUUCAAAGAAAUUGAGAAAGGACAGACGUGUUGUUUUGGAAGCAGUUUCGAAUAAGGGAAGUGCUUUAAAAUUUGCUUCAAAUGAUAUGAGAAAUAAUAGAGAGAUAGUUCUGAAAGCAAUUUUACAAGAUGGAAAUGCACUUAAAUUUGCUUCUGAUAGUUUGAAAUCUGAUAAGAAAUUAAUUGAAAUUGCAGAGAAAGUAAAGGAAGAUAUCAGAUUCGAAUUGGAUUAUUCCUUGAGAAAGAAUCCACUUAACAAGGUUGUAAAGAAUAUUGUUUCCAAAAAUGUUGCCCGAGUUUUACAAUAUAUCAAUCCAUACGAUAAUGACUAA